CCAGCACUUGCACUUCCUCCUCCUACACGUAGUCGCCUCUUCAAGCGAACCUCCACCAAAGGCGACAAUGCGAAACGAACGAAGAACAUUACAAUAAACUAUCUGAACCCCUUCGGCGGUUCAAAUAGCGAUGAUUCGGACAGUAGUAGUAAAGACGGCGCCACUGCUGCUCCUGUCCCUAUGCAAGAUCGACGUAGUGACCUACGGGGCAAGAAAGCACAGGUGAACCAAACGCAACAGCGACAGUCCCUAUAUGAUGAUAAUGAAGACGAGUUAGACGAACUCUUUGAAGAAGAAGAGGAAGCAGCAGACGUACAGAAGGAUGUCAAAAUAUUAAAAACAACAAAUACGACGACGACGAGUAAGCACGGCCGAGUUAUUGCAGAACCGGAUGAUGAUGAUGAUGUGAAUGGCAGUGAUGGCAUUCUUGAAGAUGCUGUUGAAGAGCAGGAGAACCAAGAGAAAUUCGAUGAAGAAGGAGACGAAGAACUUGAAAGUAUCCGGAUGACACAUGGUACGCCCAAAAAGAGCCACGACGUUGUGCCAUACGAAGUGGACGAGCUACGAAGCUCACAAGAGUCCGAUGAUCGUUUUGACGCUAUGGACGACGAUAACGACAAUGACAAUACACCUGCUCUGCCACCCCCAACAGCGGCAUUGUCGUUCGAACAAUCAGUGUAUAAAGAAAAAGAGAUUAAUGGCGAAAAGGACAAAACUAUAGAUACAACCUUACCUACCGCACCAGAACCGCUCAAGACUAACCUUAACGAUCCACGGGACUGUGAAGUCUCCAUUGAUUCUCCUCCACUCCUUCCUGUUCACGAGCAACUUGGUUCGGCAGCACCAACACCUAAUCUUGACGGUCUCAUCUCAAAGGAAAAUACGGAUCCCGCUGCAGCAGAAAAGCCGCCGGUCACCAGCAAAGCCAUUGAGCGAGACACGAUCACGUCUGUACUAACAGUAGCACCAGAAGCAACAACAGCACAAAAACCGUCUACAUCACCUUCAGCAGCAACUGCGAAAGAAACAUUAUCCGACGAGCAAACACCUGAAAGACAAUAUGCCUCCACAAGUCCACCAUCGACAACGUUAUCUUCUUUUUCUUCGACACCGCUAUCAGACGAUGCAGUACAUUCGUGCGAGGAAGGAUCCCGAAAUCAGAGCGAUCCUACCUCGUUGGCAAACACUGCAAACAUGAAAAACCUGACUGGGCCAGAACAUAUUGACGAAGAAGCUGGCGACGACGAUAAUGACGAUUUUUAUUCUGCAGAACAGGCUGACUCGCCUCUCAGUGACGAAUUUGUAACAGCACAGCCAAAUCGGUCGUCAAGUGUAGAAGGAGUGGAAACGGAUCUGGAUUACAAGCGCAUGUCACGACAUAAGCUCACGACUGGAUAUGUAUACGAUGUUGUUAUGUCGCUUCAUGCACAGCUUGGUCAUGCUGGUGACGAUGAUGACCCGCAUCCCGAAGAUCCUCGCCGUAUUUACAGCAUAUACAAGUGCAUGGAAGAAAAUGGACUGUUGAACAACUGCACCAAAAUACCAAUACGGCAAGCGACGAAAGCCGAAGUUCUUGCAACGCAUGACCCGCGUUAUUAUCAGACUUUGAGGCAAACAGAAGGAAUGUCUCGUAAAGAAUUGGAAAAACAGGCGAGACAGUACAAUUCGAUCUAUAUGAACGCGCACUCGCAUGAAUCGGCCUUAUUUUCCGCAGGUGGUGUCAUCGAGGCAUGCUCCGCUGUCGUCACCGACAAAGUGCAGAACGCUUUUGCAAUUGUACGACCACCAGGGCACCAUGCCGAAUUUGACACAGCCAUGGGCUUUUGCUUGAUGAACAAUGUCGCUAUCGCCGCUCGAUACUGCAAGGAACAUUUCCCUUUUGUAGAACGAAUCCUUAUACUCGACUGGGAUAUACAUUUUGGUAAUUACAAAACGAAAGCAAUGCAUGAUCGAGAAAGAACUCACGAUAUACUGGACACGGAUUCAGGGAAUGGCACGCAACAGCUGACAAGUAGCGAUGGAGAUAUCCUUUACAUUUCUCUACAUAGAUAUGAAAAGGGGACAUUCUAUCCACAAGACAAACAUGGCCGGCAUGCCUAUGUUGGUCGAGGAAAGGGUAGAGGAAGAACGGUGAACAUUCCCUGGCCCGAUUCUGGCAUGACAGAUGGUGAUUAUUUAUAUGCAUUCCGACAAAUUGUGAUGCCUAUCGCCAUGGAGUUUGAUCCCUCUCUUGUAAUAGUAUCUGCUGGAUUCGAUGCUGCCGCAGGAGAUCAAAUCGGAGAAUGUCAUGUCACACCGGCUGGAUACGGACAAAUGACACAUAUGCUCAAGAGCUUAGCCAACGGCCGUGUCGUACUAGCGCUGGAGGGUGGAUAUAAUCUCGAGUCCAUUGCCAAGUCUGCAUAUGCCUGCAUGUCAGUCUUGGUAGGCGAAUCUCCCGAAAUACCCACACUACUUACCCCAAGCCCAGAAUGUGUUGAAACGGUUCAAAAAGUCAAGCAGGUCCAAUCGCAAUACUGGGAUACCUUGAAGUAUUAAAAUGAUUACAGAAGGGCAGUUACUGAAGGGAGCCAUAAUACCACAUUUUUCAUAAUUGUAUCAUACAACCACUGCAACAAAAAGCAAGUUUACCGCAACACUCCUUUUGCAUUUAUCACCUUUUUAAAAGAAAUAGUACAACUGUCUCCUGACAGGUUAUUGCGCAUUUUAUACCUUUGUCCACGCAUCCGUCCAUUUGAAAGAACACAAAACAUACACACUAUAUCCCGGAGGGAGAAACAUAUUCAAUAACGGACUCUUUAUGUUAUAUAUCCAGACUUGACUAAUAUCUUUUAGCAACGAUGAUAUACUUGUAUAU